GCUUCAGGGGACUGCUAUGCUCUGGGAGUGUUGAUAUUUUCCAGUCAGUCCGGCUGACUGCGGCCAGGUUGGAAGCCUGGCAGGGAGUCGUUUUCAAAUUGUCGCGCCUGGGGCCGGCCGCACUGUGCUGUCAUAGUACCCCCGCCUGUGAGUCAGAGCCUCAGGGAGAGAAGAGCGCGACUGGACGGUCGAGAGAAGAAAGGCAAGGAACGAGAGUGCAGACUUUGACUGAAAUCUGAGACGGAGGGCACGGGAGGGCGAUCGCUAGCUUCUGAUUGGCCCGUGGGCAUCAUCGUAGACCCACGCAACUGCCUCGAUUGGUUGGUGUCUGCAAUUGUUUUGGCGGCGGCGAAGAUUUUGCCCACGUACUUCCGAACGAGAGGCGGGACUGUGCCCUGGCGCGCGUGCGCAGCGCCCCGGGGCCCCACCCGGUAGUUCAAGAACCUGCGAGGGGGCGGGGCGAAGAGGUGCUUGUUUUGGUUCUGUUUCCUUUGAAGCGGCAGGCCGGAACGAGCGAGCAUAGCAGUAAACUUGUUGAACUUGGAGAAAAGGCUACGACAAACUCGCCGCGGUGCCAUCAUCUAGGACUUCACAUCCGGGUUCUCCUGCCCCGUGACCUGCGCACCACCGACGGUUCUCGAACCGGUGCCUCAAUCUCUUUAUCCGGGUCCCGCCGAUCCCGUCGUGCUUCGCGCACCACAGUAGCCCCCUCAUCCGGGUUCUAUCCCAGCGUGCCUCGCGCCGGGUUUGCUGGGGGGUACUUGGCGGUGCCGCCAUGACUAUUCUCCCCAAAAAGAAGCCGCCGCCUCCCGACGCCGACCCCGCCAACGAACCGCCGCCGCCCGGGCCGCUGCCCCCGGCGCCGCGUCGCGGCGGGGGUGUGGGCGUGGGCGGCGGCGGCACGGGUGUGGGCGGUGGCGACCGCGACCGUGACUCGGGAGUCGUGGGGCCCCGUUCCCGGGCCUCACCACCGCCUCAGGGCCCGCUACCGGGGCCGCCGGGAGCGCUUCACCGCUGGGCGCUGGCCGUGCCGCCUGGCGCCGUGGCGGGUCCGCGACCACAGCAGGCCUCUCCUCCUCCUUGCGGGGGCCCUGUCGGUCCCGGCGGCGGUCCCGGCGACGCGCUGGGCUCAGCGGCGGCGGGUGUGGGCGCGGCGGGCGUGGUGGUGGGCGUGGGCGGAACCGUAGGCGUGGGAGGUUGCUGCUCCGGACCGGGCCACAGCAAGCGGCGACGUCAAGCCCCCGGGGUCGGAGCGGUUGGCGGGGGCAGUCCGGAGCGUGAGGAGGUCGGCGCGGGUUACAACAGUGAGGACGAAUACGAAGCGGCUGCAGCUCGCAUCGAGGCUAUGGACCCCGCAACCGUUGAGCAGGGGGAACAAAACACAGAACCAUUCCAAUGGAUUCCAGCGACUUCCUUAAAGCAGGAGCACUGGUUUGAAAAGGCCCUGAGGGACAAGAAGGGCUUCAUCAUCAAGCAGAUGAAGGAGGACGGCGCCUGUCUCUUCCGGGCUGUAGCUGACCAGGUAUAUGGAGACCAGGACAUGCAUGAGGUUGUACGAAAACAUUGCAUGGACUACCUGAUGAAGAAUGCGGACUACUUCUCCAACUAUGUCACAGAGGACUUCACCACCUACAUCAACAGGAAGCGGAAAAACAACUGCCAUGGCAACCACAUUGAGAUGCAGGCCAUGGCAGAGAUGUACAACCGGCCCGUGGAGGUGUACCAGUACAGCACAGGUACUUCUGUGGUGGAACCCAUCAACACAUUCCAUGGGAUCCAUCAAAAUGAGGAUGAACCCAUCCGCGUCAGCUACCAUCGGAAUAUCCACUACAAUUCAGUGGUGAAUCCCAACAAGGCCACCAUUGGUGUGGGGCUAGGCCUGCCGUCAUUCAAACCGGGGUUUGCAGAGCAGUCCCUGAUGAAGAAUGCCAUAAAAACAUCAGAGGAGUCAUGGAUCGAACAGCAGAUGCUGGAAGACAAGAAGCGGGCCACAGACUGGGAGGCCACAAACGAGGCCAUUGAGGAGCAGGUGGCUCGGGAAUCCUACCUGCAGUGGCUACGGGAUCAAGAGAAACAGGCCCGCCAGGUCCGCGGCCCCAGCCAGCCCCGGAAAGCCAGCGCCACAUGCAGUUCUGCCACAGCAGCAGCCUCCAGUGGCCUAGAGGAGUGGACCAAUAGGUCCCCGCGGCAGCGGAGUUCAGCCUCUUCACCCGAGCACCCUGAGCUGCACACCGAGUUGGGCAUCAAGCCCCCUUCCCCAGGCACUGUCUUAGCUCUUGCCAAACCUCCUUCACCCUGUGCACCAGGUACAAGCAGCCAGUUCUCGGCAGGGGCUGACCGGGCUACUCCCCCCCUCGUGUCCCUCUACCCUGCUCUGGAGUGCCGGGCCCUCAUUCAGCAGAUGUCCCCCUCUGCGUUUGCAGGUCUGAAUGACUGGGAUGAUGAUGAGAUCCUAGCAUCGGUGCUGGCAGUGUCCCAACAGGAAUACCUAGACAGUAUGAAGAAAAACAAAGUGCACAGAGAUCCACCCCCAGACAAGAGUUGAUGGAGACCCAGAGACUGGAGACCAUCUCCCAACCCCCACCACUCCUGCCCUCCGGUGCCGACCCACCUUCUUUGGCUUUCUUCCCUUUUGCCUUCUUCCCUCUCUCCUUUCGUUUCCCUCUUCCCCACUUCCCUCUGGCUGACCCACCACUGCACCCCCUUUCAUCGCUGCCACCACCACCAUCACCCGUCUCUUCGCCAGCUGACGUGCCCUGUUGCCCCCUGCACAGCACCAUCCCUGCACUCCACAGGGGACUUGGGCAAGGGUGCCGAACAUAGGCGAGAGGCACACAGAGACAAACCAACUGGCAGCCAGGCAGUCCCCGAGGAGAAACAUUCAGACAGAGGAAAGUCUCCCUGCCCCCCUCACUCCCUGCCCUGUUUCUUCCAACUUCAGAAAAACUUGUUACCCCCACCUCCACAAUGAUGCUGGGAAGGUGCGAGGAAGAAGUGGGAAUUCCCCUUCCCAGUACCCCAAGAAUGUCUGAGCCUUCAAUGUUGAAUUUUUUCUUUAUUAAAAUGUACUUUUAUCUUAUAAAAUCAAUCAAUCCAAAAUGAUGUAGACAACAGCAUUGGCUCUGUGAAGGCGGCAUCUCUGGUUUGGGAGCAGGCAGGCCAUGGGCCACAGAGGGAGCACAAAGAUGUGGUUGCUGUCUCUAGCCUCCAGCUCUGUGGAGGUGGGCAGUGUCUAGAGUGCAAGCCGGAGCAGGGUGGGGGGCAAGGGGGCAGGUGUCAUAUGGGCUUUGGACACUGAGACUCUGACCUUGCUGCAUUCCUAUUGCUUCCACACCACCACCACCACUACCACCACCACCACUGGUCUCUUUGGAAUCUUGGGGUGGGAGGCACCUUUGAGGAUCAUGGCAGCCACUGCCUGCCCAGGAUUUGAGUGGGGAGUGGGAGCAGCCUCAACAGAUGAGGCACCUGUGCCCUGCAGGUGUUGACAAGAUCCACCAUCUGUAAUGUCCUUGGCACAAUAAAACCAAAUGUCAGUUUCCCCUGA